AUGGCGGAGCAGACAAAGUACAAGCUUUCGGACCUAGACAAGAGCGGGUUCCACAUGGAAGUGCCUCUCUUGCUAUUCUACCAAAUUUCUCCAGAGGUCAAUGUGCAGGAGCUCUUAUCUUCGCUGAAGGCUGGUCUGAACAAUGCACUUGGCGCAUUACCAUUCAUGACAGGAGAACUGCAAUUACAGGAGAACGGCGAGCUUUGCAUCAUCAAAGAUGAGAAUAGCAAGCUUGAAUUCGACAUCAACCAAGUCAACUCCACCGGGCAGCCUUCGUUCUCAGACCUGGCGCGGACUUCUUUCGCUCCCGAUCAGAUGGGCUAUGCAAAGUAUCUGCCAGCGGCCGCAACAGAUAGGAAGCCAGCCUGUCUUUUGAAAUUGAGUCUCCUGGAAGGGGGACUCGUUCUGGGCGCGAGGAUCAACCAUGCGACUGGGGAUUGGUUCUCUAUUGACAGAUUCUUGUCUCUGAUAUUCCAAGGGUGCAAGGCGCACCGUGAAGGUGCCGAGAUGCCUACCUUCACUCCGGAUCUGAAUCGAGGCCCCUUCAACACGCCUCUCGACGCUGCCGAAUACACUCGACAGGAAUCUGUUGAGAAACUUCAAUUCUUCUAUGUGAUGGAGAAAAGCCAAUGGAAACCUCCUGCGGGUUCUCUCUCCUCAUUCGAAGCCAAGAUCUAUCGCGUAGACGGCGCAACUCUCAAGGCUCUUAAGGGAGAGUGCUUGCCGUACUUGCGUGAAGGUGGAUUUGUCUCAUCCUACGAUGUUCUAUCAGCACUUAUCUGGACAUCAAUUACCCGUGCCAGACUGCACCUUGAUCCCACGAAGAAGGGUUGCCUGUCACGGCUUAUACAGCCCAUCGAUGUACGAUCCCGGGAUCCAGGACACACGAGUUCGGAACACUAUUUCGGCAAUGCAGUGAUUGCCACACAGGCCGGCCCUAUCAAUUCUGAUGACUUCACAUCAGAGGACGAUCCUGUGCGCGGUCUCGCCCUGGCCGCAGCGACCAUCCGCAAGUCAACCAAGGCAGUUGACAUCUCUUUGGUCAACCACCUGACAUCCCUCAGAUCAUCUCUCGGCCCAACGGAAAUGAUGGGCUCCCAUGCUGACUUUACCAACAUGGAUGUCUUCGUCAACACAUGGGCCUUGGCGAAUAUCGAGAGGUACGAUCUAGGACAUGGUGUGGCACCCGUUGCUCUUCGUAUGCACACCGCGCUGCCGGGGGCUUGUGCGGUGAUAUUGCCGACUUUGCCACGAAGUUCCGAGAGAGCAUUCGACCUACAUCUUCAAGCGAGUACCAAGGAGCAUGAUUUCCUGAAGAAUGAUGUGGUUUUUUCGAAAUACAUUCAGUCUUUUUAG